AUGCUAGGCGUUUUUCUACAUGAAUCAGUCACAGAUACAGAUGAACAACAUUCAAUUAUAUGGUUACAAGAUAUCGAACAAAUGUUUGAAGCUGCUAGUGUAAGAUCGGAGGAUCGUCGAAAAUUAUUACCAAUGUAUUUUCUGGGCGAUGCUAAGAAAUGGUAUCAAAGUGGUAUAUUUGAUAAUAACUAUGAUGGAUUCAAACAACAACUGAUUAAAACUGACAAUUGUCAAAAACGUCAUGAUGUUCAAUCCAGAAAUCUGCCGCGGUCAAUGAAAUUGCAGGUAUUAUGUAAAUUGCUGCAGCUGAAUGAUGCUUUAUAUGCGUUGGUCCUCUUAGGCGAUUCUUGUGAGAAUUACUUUCACCCUCAACACGGUAAAACAGGUCGUUGUUUGAAAACAUCACAGUGUUCCGAUGAUGGUGGCGUAAUUGUAUCGAAACUGUGUUGUCCAUCAAUUGUCCCUCGAGCCACAUGGAAAGCACGAGCACCAAAGAAUAUAACACCGCUCAUUACACCAGUUUCAUAUGUUGUCAUUCAUCAUACAUACAGCGCGUCGUGCACAGAUGAAAAAAUGUGCCUGUCAAAAAUGAAAGGGAUUCAAGAUUUUCAUAUGGAUGGAAAAGGUUGGGAUGAUAUUGGAUAUAAUUUUGUGGUUGGUGCAGAUGGAAACGCCUACGAAGGACGUGGAUGGGAACGGGUCGGCGCUCAUUGUAAAGGCUACAAUUCGAGAUCAAUAGGUGACUAUCAUUUGUAUAAAAAAACUUGUAAGGCAUUUUGCAUUUUAAACGAAAAAUAA